AUGGAGACCGCUAAGCAGGCCGUCAACUACGUCUCUGAGACUAUCCAGGGCACCUCUGCCCAGGCCAGCAAAGAGGCCAACAAGAAUGUCGCCAAGGACGACAACGCCAACCUCUCCACUCGUGCCUCCGCUGCCAAGGACGCCGUCGGCGACAAGCUCGACCAGACCGGCCACGAGGGCAAGGCUGAGUCCCACAAGCAGUUUGCCAAGAACUAA